UUCCGACAUGCAGUGAAGUAAGCAGUCUCUACGUUACAGACCGUACACAUACAAGAUGAGCGCUCAUCUGGACGAUGAGUUCGAAGAUGCGCCUGAUGUUGAACCGCUAGAACCGACCCUGAAGAAUAUCAUCGAGCAGAAGUCGUUGAAAUGGAUUUUUGUCGGUGGGAAAGGUGGUGUUGGGAAAACUACGUGCAGUUGCAGUUUAGCUGUCCAGCUUGCUGCUGUCAGAGAGAGUGUCCUCAUUAUUUCGACAGAUCCAGCUCAUAACAUCUCUGAUGCUUUUGACCAAAAGUUUUCUAAGGUGCCUACAAAAGUCAAGGGCUAUGACAACCUCUUUGCCAUGGAGAUCGACCCAAGUCUGGGAGUGGCAGAGCUGCCCGAUGAGUUCUUUGAGGAGGACAACAUGCUUAGCAUGGGCAAAAAAAUGAUGCAGGAGGCCAUGAGCGCCUUUCCGGGCAUCGAUGAAGCGAUGAGCUACGCCGAAGUCAUGAGGUUGGUGAAGGGAAUGAACUUCUCUGUGGUGGUGUUCGAUACUGCCCCCACUGGUCAUACACUGCGACUGCUCAACUUCCCGACUAUCGUGGAACGUGGCCUCGGUCGCCUCAUGCAGAUCAAGAACCAGAUAAGUCCAUUUAUCUCUCAGAUGUGCAACAUGCUGGGCUUGGGUGACAUGAAUGCAGAUCAGCUGGCAUCAAAGCUGGAGGAGACUCUGCCGGUCAUCCGCUCUGUCAGUGAGCAGUUCAAGGACCCGGACCAGACCACCUUCAUCUGCGUGUGCAUCGCAGAGUUCCUCUCCUUGUACGAAACGGAGCGGUUGAUCCAGGAACUGGCCAAAUGUCGAAUUGACACCCACAACAUCAUCGUCAACCAACUGGUUUUCCCUGACACAGAGAGGCCGUGUAAAAUGUGCGAAGCCCGCCACAAAAUCCAGUCCAAGUAUCUGGACCAGAUGGAGGACCUGUACGAAGAUUUCCACAUAGUCAAGCUGCCGCUACUGCCGCACGAAGUUCGAGGUGCAGACAAAGUCAACACAUUCUCGAAGCAACUUCUGGACCCCUAUAAACCCCCGAAUUAGUGAUUACUCAUCCCCCUCUUGCUCUUUCUUAUCCCUUCCUGAAAACCUCCACUCAUAUAUCUUUAAAGCAUUUAAGCUCUGCGAUAACACCUCAUCCUUCAUCAUCAUGUAUUUAAUGUUUGCAAACCUGUGCGGACACCCGGACAAGUAUCCUUGAUAAAUUGUACAGGUUUCAAAAGAAUACUUUUCCUGACAACAUAACGGCAAUAAAACACCUCCACCAUG